AUGAGUGAUCACGAUGAUGUUGAUGUUGUGAGCACCCACUCCAAAAAAUCAAACGUUGAUCAAGAUAUCAUAACAAAUGUAGAUCCCAAUGAAUCUGAACCAGACUCUAAAAAGGAAAUUUCUGAUGCUGAUGUAGAUAUAGGUGCUGCUAGUAUUGAUAGCGAGGAGGGAAAGGACGAAGAAGAAGAAGAAGAAGAAGAAGAAGCUACCAAAGUAGUUGAUAUAAAAACUGAUAAUGAGAUCGUGAACGAAGAAGAUGUCGACCCUAUAAAAGUUGCUACUGAAAAACGUGAGCAUCAAAUGGUAAGACUAAAAGAUAUGCUUGACGAAGAAGUUCCGUUAAAUACCCAAAAUAUGUAUGGAAAGGAUGAAAACUUGAAUGAGAUAGAUUCUGAAAAGGAAGAGAGUGAAACUAUAGAAGAUACUUCUGCAGGAUCUCCAAUUAUUAAUGAAGAUGUUACCUCUACAGCCAAGCAAGAUGAUACUGAAAUUGGUUCACAAGAUGAAGAUAAUCGAGAGCUACAAAGUACCGCAUCGGAAGGUAAAGAAGAUGUCACUCAUGAAGAAGAGACUGCCUCUGUGCAUCAUUCUGAAUUAGAAGAAUUAUCGAUUUCAUCAGAAGUUGAGAAUGCUGAAAAUAAAGAAACUACAGAAAUAUCUUAUGACGAAAAAGACAAUUUUGUACCAAUAAUUGGAGACGAAUCUGGAACCACCGUUUCACGUGUGGAUGAUGAACCUCAGGACAUCCCCUCUGUGCCAGUAAUUAUGGUAGCUAACAAAGAAAUGGCACCUCAACCAGAAGAAGAGGAACAAUCGACGAUUCCUAUUAUCGAGAACAAAGAAGUCAAUCCGCAUAUUGCUGAAGAGGAGCUUGAAAACGGCAAAGAAUCAGAAGAAGUCGAAUCAGUGGAAAAUGAAGAAAAUAUAGAAGAACAAAAAUUGAAUUCUGAAACGCCACCACAAACUGAAGAAUCAAACAACGCGACUGAGAAAACUAUUAUUUCUUCUUCUGAAGAUGAAAAUGAAGCUUUUGUGUCUGCAUCUGCCUUAGCAGCUCCACCACCAGUUCCACCAAGAAGACUAUCCAAUAAUUUUGAAACUGAUGGUACUAAUGAUGAAAGUACGAAGGAGGGGACAAGUUUGGAUGUACCAAAAUUACCAGUAAGAAAGGCCAGUAUUGAAAGAAAGCAUGCUGUUCCGCCAACAUUAGAAGAAGAAAUGAAAACUGAUAAAUUUAGAAAGAAUUUGGCAAUCACACAAAAGUUACAACGGAAACAUCGUAGUGAAAGAGUAAUGGAUUCUGCAGCAGAAAUUAACUUGAUAGUUAAUAGAUUCCGAGUUACAAGUCAUCAUAUUGAAGAAGAGAAUGAAAAGACAAGAGAAAAGUUUGUGGAGGGUCAAAAUUUAUUAAAAUCUUCAUUUAGCACUAUUUUGGAAGGUGUUUCUAAGAUUAGAGAAGAAGCUAAUGAAACUACUACUGACACUGCUUUGGUGAAAAAUGAAGAAAUGGAUGAUGAUGAAAAAAGAUUAGUGAGUAUUGAUUGGUCAUUUUGGAAUCAAGUGGUUAAUGAUUUUGCUACAGUUGCUAAGAAUCAAUCUGAAAAAUUAGAAUCUGCCAUUACUGAAGGUAUACCAUCACAAAUUCGUGGUAUUAUUUGGCAAUUAAUUUCUAAUUCUAAAUCAAAAGAAAUUGAAGAUAUUUAUUGGACAUUGUUAGAUACAGAAUCUCCACAUGAAGCAAACAUUAGAAGAGAUUUGAAAAGAACGAAUUUCAUUCCUAAUGAUAGAGUGGAAUCUCUAUUCAAUAUAAUAAAAGUAUAUUCUGUUUAUGAUCCUGAUGUUGGAUACACCCAGGGGAUGGCUUUCAUUGCCACACCUUUGUUGGUAAAUACAAGAACUGAAGCUGAAGGGUUUGGAUUACUGAUUGGAUUAAUGAAAAAUUAUGGGUUAAGAGAUUUCUUCUUACCUGAAAUGCCCGGGUUAAUGUUGAUGCUUUAUCAAUAUGAUAGAUUAUUGGAAGAAAAUUCCCCGAAUCUUCACAAUCAUUUAAUUAGAGAAGGUAUAAGAUCAUCGAUGUAUGCUACACAAUGGUUUUUAACUUUUUUCGCAUAUAAAUUUCCAUUUGAAUUUGUUUUAAGAUGUUUUGAUAUUGUGUUUGUGGAAGGUAUUGAAUCUGUGUUAAAAUUUGCUGUUAUAUUGAUGAUUAAGAAUCAAGAUAAGAUAUUAAGAUUAAAAUUUGAUCAAUUAUUGAAUUUUUUAAAAAAUGAAUUAUUUGUUUAUUAUUUGAAGGAAUCAGUUAAGGAAAGGAAUACAUCAGAAUCUAACGAUACAAAUGGUGAUGGUUUAGAAGUUAAUAGUAUACAAAGGUCCGUUACAACAGAUUCUCAUACGAAAAUAAAUCAAUUAGAUGAUGUUGAUGGUGAUAAGGAUUAUGAUGUUGAUUUAUUUGUUCAUGAUGCAAUGAAUGAGAUUCAUAUUACACCAAUUUCUUUGAAAUGUUAUGCUUUGGAAUAUGAUGAGAUUCAACAAUUGGAACAUGAACAAGCCGAGGAGUAUGAAUCAUUUAGGAUAAAGAAUCAUCAAUUAGAAAGGGAAUCAGAGAAAUUAGAACAUGAUUAUAAAGUAUUGAAUAAGGAACAUUUAACUAUUGCUAAUGAAUUGAUUGAAAACAGAUUAAAAUAUCAAAUGUUGUUAGAUGAGAAUAAUGAUUUGAAGCAAAAUAUUAUUGAAUUGAAAGAGAAUUUGGAAGAAGAGAUAAGGAAACGUAAUCUUCCGAAUCCUGAUUCUCAAUUACCUAGUGAUUUAAAGCAAGAUUUAGCGCGUACUAUGGAUAGGAAUUUAGAAGUUAUGAAUGAGAAUGUUUCAUUACAAGAUCGAAUUAAUUCAUUAGAGAAGGAAAUUAUAGAAUUGAAAAGAGUACAUAAAAUGAAAACGCAGCACCAUGCAGUUAAUAAUGAUAAGAAGAGAAUUUUGUCCGAUAAAGGAGAGGCAGUAGGAGACAGAGAUGGAGACCAAAGUGACGGGAAGGAUAAAACUGUAUCAUCUUCAUCAUUGAAACCACAACCUAAAUCACCUACCCACAAUAAUAAUAAUACUAAUAAUAAUAAUACCGAUGCAAGUAGUAAAUCACCAUUAGCAGGAGGUUGGACAGGGUUCAAGAAAGUUUUUACUAAAUAA